AUGCGUAUUGCGGCCUGGAACGUCUGCGGGCUCGCUACGUCGCAGAAGAAGGGAUUCAAGUUCUACGUUGAGGCAGAGGACCCCGAUAUCCUGGUGCUGUCAGAGACGAAGGUGAACAACGAGACUGUGGACCCUGCGCUGAAGGAGCGCUUCCCCCACUCAUACUGGUCCAUAGCUGAGAAGAAAUCCUAUUCCGGCACCGCCAUCCUCUCCAAACACAAGGCCCUCUCCGUUACUCGCACUCUCCCCGGACACCCCGACCCAAAUUACACCAAGGGUCGCAUCGUCACGCUCGAGUUCGAGAACACCUACGUCGUGGGCACCUAUGUGCCCAAUGCAGGGACGGGCCUGAAGACGCUGAACGAGAAGAAUUUGUGGAAUGAGCACUUUACGACGUACAUUCGAGACUUGGACAAGAAGAAGCCCGUGAUAUGGACGGGGGAUCUGAACGUCGCGCCGACCGCAAUAGACCUCGCCAACCCGAAGACGAACUGGAACAAGACCCCCGGCUACACCGAGGCCGAGACGACGGCGUUCAAAAACAUCCUCACUCCCCCAUCCAACGCACCAGAGGAUUCACCACGGUUCAUCGACGUCUGGCGCCACCUUCACCCGGACACCCAACACUACACCUACUUCUCCUACCGCUUUCGCUGCAGGGAGAAGAACCUCGGGUGGCGGCUCGACAUGUUCGUGUUGAGCGAGCGGUUGCUGGAGAAAGUGAAAAUGUGCGAGAUUCGGGAUGAGAUUUAUGGGGCGUCGGACCAUUGUCCGGUGGUUAUGGAAAUUGAGGGCGCGCUGUAG